GGCUUCUUCUAUAUGAGAUUUAUACCCUCUAGGCAGCCGCGGUCUUUCCAAGCAUGGUCGGUGGAUUUGCUCGCGAUUUUCUUAAUGCUAUCAACGGUGUUCCGCCGUCGUUCAUCAUCAUAUUCGGCCGGCUGAUGCACCGUUCGCGCAUGCCACUGUCGGUGUCGUGGGCGGUUUUCGGCGUCAUAUUACCGAUUUUCUGCCGGCUGGCCCUUCCCAACCAAGCACAUUGGUUUGUCAACCUAUGUAUGGACGGACUGACGUGGUGUUUUGGCAGAGGGUGGGACCUUUUGACGGACUGGAGUGGUGUUUUGGCCGAGGGUGGGACCUUUUCGCAAAUGGUCGACAAAUCAAUGUGCUUGGUUGGGAAGGGCCAACCAACAGAAAACCGGUAAUAUGACGCCGAAAACCAACACCCACGACGCCGCAUGCGUUUUGGAAGAUAAUAACGAGUUAAAAUUACAUUAUGUAAAACAUAGAUUUUGAAGUCGAUUGAGGAAUGAGGAGUGCUAACCAUGCGCGAACGGUGCAUCAGCCCGCCAUAUGUGACGACGAACGGGGGUGGCGGCGGCGGAACACCGUUGAUAGCACUGUAUCAAAGAUUUUAGGAAAAAAUGUAUGAGUAUAACCAUCCGAAGUAUACGAUGCAUGUAGGAUAAAAUGGAAUACAAUUCUCUCACUUAAGAAAAUCGUGAGCAAAUCCACCGGCCAUGCUUGGAAAGACUGCGGCUGCCUAGAGGGUAUAAAUCCCAUAUAGAAGAAGCCUAUUGAGGUGAUGGUUUGUGAACAAAGCCUGCUACUCCAACCCCCAAUUUAUAGAACGCAAGUAUGCCUAACUUUAUUCAAUACAUGACCUAUGAAGUGGGUGUGUAGUAAAUAUUACAGAUAUGCGUCACCAUCACAAUAA